CGUUUUUACUCGUCGCAGUGCACGGCGUCGAGGCUAUUGGCAGAGAAAGAUAUAGAUUCGUCGCCUUAAUCCACUUAGGUUGGGAAAGAUAACUGACAUUACAUUCCUUCCACCAAACCACAAUGUAUGCUACCACGGUCCGCCACAAUACAGAUGCUGAAUGAAAUCAUGGAAGGACAUAUGUAAGAGGGCAUUCUUCCCUCGAAAAGGACUGACAAGUUCAUGGCUGCCAAAAAGGAGAGAAUAAUGGUUCUUCAUGAGGGGGCUACUGCCCCCAUAGCACUGCCCUCAGCUGCUUCUCCCCCUGACCUCUUUGGUGUCCUAAACACAGGGCAAGCAAGUGCAGUUGUAGCCAAUGAAGAAGCAAACAUUCCAGCAACAUCUACUCCAGGUUCUGCAAUGGGUACUGGUCAAAUGGUUUCUACAUUGAACUCUGUUGCCAGGUCUAAUAACCAACCAGAGAAUUUACCACCAGAGAGCACCUACAGCGGUAUCAAGGUGAUGUUGGACAAUAACAACAUGUGGAAUGAGUUUUUCAAAUGCAAAACCGAAAUGAUAAUAACCAAACAAGGCCGGAGGAUGUUCCCUUAUUGCCGCUUUCGCGUCUCUGGUUUGGAGCCCUUCCAGAAGUACACUCUGCUCAUGGAUAUCAAUCCUGUGGACAACAAACGUUACAAGUGGACUGGGCAAGACUGGCAAAUGAGUGGGAAGGCAGAGGCCCAUUUGCUGAGACGGGUUUUCAUCCAUCCAGACUCUCCAUCUUCUGGUCACCAAUGGAUGCAGAACCCAGUGUCAUUCUACAAGCUUAAGCUCACUGACAACACGAUGGACCAGGAGGGCAAUGUAAUUUUGCACCCAAUGCACCGCUACUUACCACAUCUGCAUUUGGUCUCAGCUGAAACGGCUACAGAGGAUAUUCAGCUCAAUGGGCCUGACGUGAUAACCUUCACCUUUCCCCAGACUGAAUUCUUUGCUGUAACAGCCUACCAGAAUGUACGCAUGUCUCGGUUUAAAGCAGACUUCAACCCUUUUGCAAGUGGACCCAACUCCCAGGCUCUAAAGCUGAAAAUGAGUCCCUCCAAUGAGUCGAAGGAUGAAACCAGAUCUCCCAAUGAACUCAAGCCUGUGAAAGGCUUGAAUGGCCUGAAAUCUUUGAUGGCGGCAAAACGCAGAUCUAAAGACACUUCAACAGUAGAUAAAGGACUCCUGAGCCCUGAUGCUCAAAAUGUUUCCCUUGCAGAUGGUGACAAAACUGAGGUCAAAACUGAUGGACCCAGCUCCAGGCUGAAAUCAAGGCCCUCCAAUGAGAUGAACAAAGACUCAACUCAAUCGUCCAAUGAGCUCAAGUCUGUGAAAAGCCUGAAUAAUCUUAAGUCUUUGAUGGGGAAACGCACUUCCAAAGAUACUUCAGCAGGAGGCCAAGGACUUCUCGCUUCGAAUGCCCAAAAUGUUAUGCUUGCAGAUAGUGAUAAGUCCGGAGUCCAAACAAGUCCCUCCAAUAAGUCCAAAAAAGACACAAACAGUUCUACCAAUUACCUCAAGCCUGGGAAAAGCCUGAAUAACCUGAAGUCUUUGAUGGCAAAACACAGCUCUAAAGGCACAUCCGCAGUAGAUCAGAGAGUCCUCAGUGAAGAUGCUCAACGUGUUACACCUGUAGACAGAGACAAAUCUGGAGUCAACGCUAAUGGACCCAGCUUAAGCACUCCAAAGCUGAAAUCAAGAUCCUGCAAUGAGUUGGAAAAAGCAGGAACCACAUCUGCCAAGGAAUUCAACUCUCUUAGAAGUAAUCUGUCUUUAUCAAAAUGCAAUCCUAAAGACACUUCAGCAGUAGGUCAAGGACUCCUGAGCUCAGAUGCUCAAAAUGUUAUACUUGCAGACAGUGAAAGGUCAGGAGUCAAAAUGGAUAAACCCAGCUCCUGCAAGAAAUUAAGUCCCUCCAAUGAGACGAUGAAAGUUGAAACAAUAUCUCCCAAUGUGUGCAAUUAUGUGAAAAAUUCCCGAAAGUCUUUGCGUAGAAACCACAACUCCCAAAAGACUUCAGCAGCAGAUCAUGGACAAAAGUCAGUCAGAAACACAGAGUCCACUGAAUACCAUUCUUGUACAACAGGUCCUCCCCAAAGUAACUUCCCUGAGCUGAUUCGGGAGUGUCGUCUGAAAAUACGAAGGUGCAAUGUUGAGAGAACCAAUACAACUUGUAGUGUUGAGCAAACAAACACUAAGGGCAUGGUUGCCAAUGGCAAAGUUGUGGAAGUAGCUGUGAAUGACAAUUUUUCCCAGAUUUCUGAACCUGAAGCCUUGUCCGGGAAGACUAUUGAAAGGGUGGGAAUACUGCACAAUGGGAAUGUGAUUGACAGUGUCAAGGACCUCUUCAAUUCAUCUCAGUCCCAGGAACCGGUCAAGACCCGUGUGUCAAUCAAUGACCAUUCAGCAAAUGAAGUUGAAAACAGUCAAAAAGCUUCCCAGAGCUCCUCAGUGAGCUCUGGAGCAAAAAUGACAGGUUUUGAUGAACAGCUGCAGGGGAAGGCUAAACCACACAAACGACCGGAACCUGUGCCUUUGCCCCUUCUUGCACUCUACCUUCAACAGUUGAAGUCAAAAUCCAGAUCUGUUAGGACCAAACCAAAAUCUCCCCCGGGAUUGCCUUCGUCUUCAUCCCCAUCUUCUGCUGUUCCAACCACCGAUCCUGUUAUUCCAGCCACCGAUCAAACUGGCCCUGUCAUGGACUCAACUGGCCCAGCCUUGGAAUCUACUGGCCCAGCCUUGGAAUCUACUGGCCCAGCCUUGGAAUCUACUGGUCCAUCCAGGGAUUCUACUGGAUAUGCUGUAGUUCCAGCCAGUGGUCCUGUAGUUCCAGCCAGUGGUCCUACUGAUCCAGCUAUCAAUCACAUUGUUCCAGUCAUUGCCCCCACUGGGCCAACCACAGACUAUGCUGGUCUACCCAUGGAUAUUUCAGUCCCAAACACAGAUUUUUUGGUUCCUGCCACAGACUCAUUGUUACCAGAACCUGACUCAGUUUUACCAACCGCUGAUCAUUUGUUUCUUGUCCCUGAGCCUACCUUAUCCAUUGCACAAUCAUCCCCCACCCCUUGUUUGCCAGCAACUGUCUUAUUAUCACCAUUCCCUGACCCAUUGUUACCAGCCCAAGAAUUGCCACCCCCUGUACCUGUCACAUUAAACCUAGCGACUGAUUUAUCAUCACUUACCUCUGACCCUCCCUCAACUGCUCCAGCACUGUCAUCAACACCUAGUCUUGCCAACUUGGAACCUGAAUUUACCCCCUCGUUACCAUCCCCUGGUCCUUCGCGAGGUGGCUUUGAGCCAUCCUCACCUGCGCCAUUACCAGAUCUUGAACCCCCUUUACGUUCCCCUGUUACAUUGAAACCGGAAGCCACCACCCCCUCCUUACCUGUACAUGCCUCCUCAUUCCCAGCCCUUGAACGAUUACUGCCCCCUAACCCUUUUGUUCUAUCCUCUGAAUUUUCAUCACAUGGAUCACUUUUAGGCCUACCUGCCCCUGAUCCUUUUUUAACAAUACCCUUUAUCCCAUUGUUGCCUUCCGCUCACAUUAACCCAUUACCCUUUGAGGCAACCUCAUUUUCCUCUACCUCUCACCCUGACUCACUUGCUCUGGACACUGCCUUAUCCCCAUCUCCCUCGGACACUACCUCAUCAUUCCAAGUCAAUUAUGAACCAUUAACACACCCAUCUACACCGUCUCCACUCCCAUUCCAGUUAUCUUCCUUUUCAUUGUUAGGUCCUGACCCAUUUUCACCAACCCCGUCACUGGCCGACCUCACUAACAAUUUCUCCAUCGCCGAAGAGCUUGAGAUAACUGAAGACUUUCCCAGCAGUGAGGCACCUCCUGUCCCAUGUCCUCCUGUCCGAAGUACCCCUAGCAUACCAGUUAGUUCUACUUUACCUGUUGGUUCUAGUCAGCCAACCCAGAGAACUAAACCCCGGAGAUCUAGGAAAGGAGUGAAAUCUGCCAAGGGUGAUUCACUCCCAGUGAUUGAUGGAUCCACAGAUGUCGCCAUGCAGCCCAACCUGGAGGAGGUUGAGGAGCAGCUGUUCGUGUCUUUCACCUCCAAGGAAGCACUUGAUGUCCACCUGGGAGAGCCUGCACUUUGUGAGACGACGACUGCGCAACCUCAGAAGCCCCCAGAGGCGACAGAGAAUGUUGGAGGACUAGAAACCACAGAGGAAAGAAUAGUAGCUUUCGAGAAGGUUCUUUUGGGUGACCUAAAGGUUAUGAGGCAUCGACAGGUCAUUCAUCCUGUGUUGCAAGAAGUUGGACUGAAGAUGAGUUUACUGGAUCCCACUCUGGUCAUUGACCUGCAGUACCUAGGUGUUCGUCUACCUCUACCCCCACCCUUUUUAUGUCCAGAACCAAACUCUCCAGGGUUGGCAUCUUCUCCAAGUGGUUCAGUCCCCUUUGUUUCCAGGACAGGAAAGACCACAGACUUUACCCAAAUCAAAGGCUGGAGAGAUAAGUUUGUCCCCUCGAACUCGCCAUCAUCCUCCAAGCCUGAAGGUUGCCCAAGUUCAGAAGUGGUCCCAAAGAACUUGUCGGCCUUCUGCAGUGACAUGUUGGAUGAGUACCUGGCUAACGAAGGUAAACUCAUUGACGAGCGCGCUGCCAGUUUCACCCAGACCACCGUCGUCACCCCUGUGGUCUACCAGCUACCCACCAAGAGCACCAGCUACGUCCGAACCCUAGACAGUGUGCUGAAGAAACAGGCACCGGCACUUUCUUCCACCUUUGUCCCACCAUCCAAAAAACCCAGACUGCCCCCCACAUCCAAAGGACUUAAAAAAUCUGAGAAAAGGCAACAAAAACAGCAAUGUUUAAAGCAGAACAGAACUAAACUAACUUCUGCAACAACCCCAACACCAUUGCCCGCUGAGCCAAAACCGCUAUUGAUGGAUCAUGGCGCCCCCAUCACCCACGAUGACACAAUUGAAACUAUAAAAAGGAGACCUCCACCAGCCCAUGACCCUCCUGUGUCCAGGCCAGAGGUAGAAGAGCCACCUCCCGCUGAACUGGCUCCUGUGGAAGAGGAUGACUCGGACCCAGAGCCACAGCCUGCUGCCAAGACCAAGGUCGUGUUUCCUGGGCUGACCAAGGCCCUGCUCCGACAAAGGGAUUUGGAGGACGGGGUUGUCUGGGAGGGCAAGCGCCGGACCUGCAUCUCAAACGAGAGGGCGACGGUCGCCCUCACCUCCCACUUCACCUCAACGGGCUUUGUUUGUGAGAACCCUACAGCUCCUAUUAGGAUCAUAAAGUGCAGGGCUCCUCCCUGCCUCAAAGCAUUCUGCCGAUUGGGCUGUGUGUGUGCCAGCCUGGCACAGGACCGUCGUAUUAUCCACUGUGGAAAGAUUGAGUGCAUCUUUGGCUGCAGCUGCCUCAGGCAGAAGGUGGUCGUCCUCAAGAACUUAGAAGGACCAGAUUCUAAUGCGUCAGAGGAGGGCCUGUCCAAGAAGCGGGGGAGAAAGUGGAAGAGGAUGAGGAUGGCAUAUACUCUCAGGGAGGCUGAGACGGUAUCAGAACCUGCUCCGCGUGUGAGAAUGUUGUGGAGAAAGACGGAUGGAGAGACGGACCCGGAGCCCGUCCUCGCCCCAACACCGGUCUACCUACCACAUCUUCCACUACAGGAAGAACCUUCAGUGGUGUAUUGUUCUCCGGUGAGAGAGGAAGGCGGGACCAUGACAUGUGCCAGAGUGCGUGCGUUUCAAAGCAAGAGCACAACCCGACCUGAGGUCAUUGACAAUCACUGCAAACCAAUAGACUCUGCACCAGUGAACUCUUCCAGUAUGUCAGAGAAGUCGUUGUCCUGCCAUCGUCCCAAGUACACGGAGCCCUCCAAGCGCCUGGAGAUUAUAUCUAAAUGUAAGUGGAGGAGCCUGGCGGAUAGGAACCUGGUGCUGAGAAUUGUGUGUGAGCACAUGGCCAAGGACCACCUCAGGAACCCCUUCUGGGUCAAAGGUUACCUUAUAAAACCCGUGUCUCAGACCCUGAAAAAUGUGGGCGAAAGCUGCUCCAUCCACUACAAGGUACUCGUCUCUCAGGUCCCGAGACCGGACGAAGUGGAGGAGGAGAACGGUGAGGAGGAGGAGGAAUGGAUGGGAGAGGAAGAUGAAGAAGAACUAAUGGAAGAGCAGAGAGAGGAGGAUAAAGUGGAGGAAGUACCUGUCGUGGAGGAAGUACCUGUCGUGGAGGAAGUACCUGUCGUGGAGGAAGUACCUGUCGUGGAGGAAGUACCUGUCGUGGAGGAAGUACCUGUCGUGGAGGAAGUGGACAACAAGGCUGUGGGGCGUAGAAAGGAUCUGAAAUGGCAGGGCCUGCCUUUCUUAACAGGAAUUUAUCCUGCUGGCCUCCUUACUGGCAACCUUAAGCUGCCAAAAAUCUCAGGCCAGAAAUGUAUCACGGUGAAUGGCAGGUCCUACCACCAUGCCAAGAUACAACUGGGCAUUAUGGGAGCCAUGCACCCAGCCAACCGUCUUGCUGCUUACCUCACAGGCAAGUUACGAAGGCCUGUCUGUUUAAAACAGUCUAUGGUGGCCUCCUCCUCCGUCCCAUCACAAAAACACCCCUCAGAAACUCCUAAAGGUGCCACAGAUACAAAGUCCUCUACGAGACAACCGGCCCAACUGGCAGCCACUCCUACCACCAUGGUUACCACAAGUGUUCCCUAUACCAUUCCAGUUGCUGCUGGCCCCAAGUUCAUUGUGAACCCAGGUGCCUGUCUCUCUCAGGGGGCUCAGAUGGAGCAGAACAGAGUGACUGCUGCUGUGCGGAUUCAGGUUGUCACCAUGGUCUACCCAACCAAAACUCCUCAUGUGAGGGGUGGCGCCGCAGCCCUGGUAUCUGCAGUGUCUGUUAGCUCCAAGGCCCCCUCAGCACCAAGAUAUUCUACAGGUGCAAACGUAUCACCCCAAAAUGCGUCCCCCAUCAGUGAAGUGGUUACCAGUCCCCCGAUGCUCUCUGUCCCAGGGACCAGUACCUCUGUCAGAAUGCAGUCUCCUCUCACAUCCCUGACCCCUAUCAUGUCCCUGACCCCUCUCGCGUCGGGUCAGAGAAUGGUGCUGCAGCCGGUAAGGAACACCUCAGCGAACACCCUAUACAAGAACCCCAAGGGACAGCUGAUCCAGCUGGUUGCCCUCAGCCAGCUGAAGGCCCUUAACCCCAACCUCGUCAUGCACAACAAGGGUGGGAUGAUCAUUUUAACCAUGCCUGAAUGCUUGACCACCAUGGACAGCUCCACCUCCUCUCUCACCACAUUGGAGAGCAAGGGUAGCUGUGCUUCCACCAUCAGUACUGUCCCCCUUGUCACUUUCCCAAAGACCCAGACUGCAUCCAGCACCACUAUCACCGCCCCUAAAACCACCCCUGGUUGCGUUAGUCUCUCACCCACCGUGACAAAUGGUGGGACGUACACCUUGGAGAUUGUUCCUCAGACAGGCAACAAGGAGCCCAUCAUCAUCAAGUGUCCGGCGGUGCCAGCCCAGGGCUCCUCCAAGGUGAUGCCUGUAGUAGGGGGUGUUACUGUGCUGCAGCCUCACCCGGAAACCACAGUAAUUACUGUCAAAUCCCCCACAAAAACGGUUAAGAACACAGGUGUCAAAGCUGACAAUAUCUCCACAGUGACCUCCAAUGUAGACUCUAAUGUAGUCUCUGAGGUGUGUAGUUGGAUGCGGCCUUUCCAGAAAACCAAAACGCCUCCUAAAUCCACAAAACCCCCUAAAGGACCCCAGUUUAAAUUUAUAAAAGCUGAUGCUAUCUCCCCAGCUCACUGCAAUUUAGACCCUAAUAUCCAGCCUGAGGUGGUUAUAGUGCUGCAGCCUCCCCCGAAACCCCCUGUAACCCAGGUCACAACGACAGGGAUCAAAGAUAACACCUCCACAGCAGACUCCAAUCUCCUUACUAAGAUGGUUCAUGUUGAUGACCCCUACCAGACAUGGACAGGAAGACCGAAGAGGAAGAUGGUGGAGGAUGAGUACGAUUUGGAUGAUACGGAUGAGGAAACGGAUGAGAAGACAGACAACUCAUCUGACGAGACUGAUUCUGACGAUUCAAGUGUUAAUAAAGAGGAGCUCAUCGACGUCAUCGGUAAACAGCUGAAGCACAACGUGGACGAGAGGCAUCGCCGUUUUGAGCUCCAUGGGUGCUUCCAGCGGCUGAGAGAGACACUGAAACUUGACCAAAAAGCUGCGAAAGUGUAUAUCCUUAAAGAAGCGACAGAGGAGAUCCAAAUCCUGACUACGAAAAGUAACGACAUGGAGACGCUAAGGAGUUCACUGACCCUGGAGAGAGCAGCUUAUGUCAAGAAGAUGUCCCAGUUAACUGGUAAUAAUGGACACUGCUGUAACAUUUCAGCAUUCAAAAAACAUUCAACCAACAUCUUUCCCUCCACAGGAGAGUCUGAGAAGCAGAUCCUGAGGAACAUCCAGUAUGUUUGUUCCCAGCAGAAGAGUGAGGAGCUACUCGUCAACAGGAAUAUGGAAGGAGUUCCCAAAGACUCCUCUGCUGCCUCGUCCUCUUCAGCUGUCUUGACCUGCAGUGAGGCCAGGUCGAGACCAAGACCAAGGCACAUGGGAGGAGUGACAGCAGAGAAGGAGGAGGAGGACAGGGAGGAGGUGAUGGAGGUGGUAGACCUUCUGGAGGACACGGAGGAGGACAGGGAAGCGGUGAUGGAGGUGGUGGACCUUCUGGAGGACACGGAGGAGGACAGGGAAGCGGUGAUGGAGGUGGUGGACCUUCUGGAGGACACAGAGGAGGAGGAAACGGACAACUCCUCGGACGAGACAGAGGAUUCUGCCGAUGACGGCAACAACAAAAACAACAACGUUAAAGGGGACGUCAUUAACAUCCGUGAUGUUGAAGAAAGCGUAGAGGAGGAGGAGACUGUAGACAUUGAGAGUGUGGAAGACAAUGCACAGAACAGCACCACUACACAACUGAAGGCAAAAUACGCUAAAGAAGUGGAAGGAGAAACAGGACCCAGAUUAAGAGACCGAAAACAAGUCCUUGACCUGAGAGACAAAUGCGAGCGCCUUGAAAAACUGAAGAGUGGGCUGACCAGGGAGAGAGCUGGUGAUAUUAAGAAAAUCUCAAAGAAAUCUGGAAAGACAGAGGAGCUCAUCAUCAGGAAACUGCAGGACAUCUCGACCAAACAGAAGGACAUGGUGUUCAAAAGGAAGUGGAGAGGGCCGUCCUCAUCGGUCUCACCCAAUAAAACAAUUUCACUCAGGAGCACUCGACAGCCAAAAUCCCUGGCCCCCAGCCUCAAGUUAAAGGUCGUAGCCACCUCAGUCCCCCACUCUAUCCCCCAAAAGCCUGCAUCCCAACGACCCAAGACAAGUCCCAUCACAUCACCUUCCAGUAACCACCCCUCAACGUGGCGUUCGCCGCGUGAAAAGACCAGACCUAACAUCCUGUCUGGCAGAAAAAUACAGCCUGCCCCAGUUCAUGCUGGGUUUCUCCCUCCUCAAAUGCUGUCUAUAGUGGGUGGAGUGAUCACAUCUGAGCAGGUGAUCGCCAUGCAGUCUGCCCGUUCUCUGCUGCCGGGAGGACGUGUUGCUGGAAUGGAAAUGCGACAGUCUCAAACACCAGGUGUCGCUUCGGUCACCAUCAUUAUCCCCUCAAUGUCCAAACCCAUUUCUCUCACUCCAACUUUUAAUAACUGCAACAGGGGAGUCGUUUCAUUGGUUAAAGCCCGACAGAACCAGUCAGCUCCAGGUGUGUCAGGGGGAGCUCAGAGGAGGCCAGCCCCAGUGAAGGGUAGGGGCAGUGGGUUGGAGUACGGAGAGGUUCUGGGGAAGCAGCUGGACCACGCUGUAGACAGUGUAGGGAUCAACGACGCAGAUGGAAACUCUGAGGAGGACGAAGACAACAAAGAUGGUGAUGAUGAAGACGAGAGCCUGACGUCUGUCCUCAACGAGAUCUUCAUCCUUCACCAGCAGAUUACCACAGACAACAACAGCAGCCCCAGAGGUCCUCCAGUGGUCUCCCGCAUACCACACCCCGAACCUGGGCAGAUGGGGACUGUGAGGGUACCCACACCUCAGACAGACAGGGUGCUACUACCACCAAAUACAGAAAAGCGAUCAUCGGAGAUGGAGAUGACGAGCGCUCCCUCAGCCCCUUGUUCCUGAGACUGAAUGAGGACAAGGGCCAGGAAAAGACUUCCAAAGGCCCAGGUCUGCCAAUACCACAGGCAGAGGACCUUAAAGUUGGUUUUGCUUCCAACCUGAAACCAUCAGAGACUGUUUCUGCUCCUGCUGUCAACGGGCACAGCCAACAAGCAAAAGCAUGCACUACAAAAGGUCAAGAUGUACUGCAAAAAGCACUGACCCCGCUGCUGCAGAUGAAAGUUGGAGGCGUGGCCGAGGUGCCGGAGUCCAAUGAGAAACCGGGGGAUGCCCUGACCCCGCCCCCACUGCUGCAGAUGAGGCCCAUGCCAAGACUAGACCCACGAUGACUUAAGAGCAACCCUCAGACAUAGAACUAAGAACCAACUCACUUAAGCCCAGGUCGACAUUGUAGCCAUCUCUCCUCAAUACCCCCAUUCACAUCGGUCGUAUUCAUUCGGCACCAAACUGACAAAAACUGACUGAAAUGGGGUGAGACUACUUGAACUUGUCCGAUGAGAAACGUUCGUUUUCUGCUGCAAAGCAUUUCUCUACAGUGUGACGUAAUGAAUAUGACCCUUCUGGCUAAACCAAUUGGGGAUAACUACAUUUACGAACAUACAUUUAGGAUAUCCUUGUGAAAAAAAGUGAUUUUGUUUUGUUUUUAGAAGCAACACUACCUAACGGGGCGUAUCGGAAAGACUGACAUGACACUGUUCUGACAGUCAGGAGUUUUUGUUUGUUUUUCUGUUCAAAUCUCCUAUCUAGAAGUGUCUCAGAAUAAGAGUACAGAUCUAGAAUCAGUUUAACCUUUUAGAUCAUAAUGAAUAAGCUCACAUGGAUCUGAUCCUAGAUCAACGCAUGUGUAAGACACUAUAAAUACAGGCCCUGAACUGUUGCUUUUCUUUCCCUCAUUUUAAAGAGGAGAUGCAAUGAAUAUUCUGUAAUAGUAAGCUGCCAGGACCUUGGUACAUUUAAGGGUGUCCAGUAUGUUCUGCCUUUAAGGGUUACACACAUCGCACCGAAUGUAGAUCUGUCGUUUACAGCUUGUUGUUCAGCGCACUGUUGACGUCUUCACGCAUGUUUCUAUAUGUAAAACCGGUUUGCACUCGGUUCACAAGUACUCUCAGCAGACAAACACUAUUGGUGUGUUCGAGCCCUUAGAGUAUAUUAUUUGUUCUAUCAGAGCAAGAGGAUUUGUAGACAGACAUCUGAUGGUACGGAUGCCAGUUCUGUUCAUAGUACUGUAAUGCUGUGUGUGUGUGUGUGUGUAUAGGGCCUCUGAAAAAAUCCUGCCUCCAUAUUGGAGUGGGAGAUCUCUGUUUCUUCAUGUUUGUAGUUACUUCACCUUUAAGGAACAUUUCAUCUGUAAUUAUAUAUUUUUUUGUAUGGCACACAGUUUUCUACACUAACGACUAACCGCUCAGUUUGCAGUGCAGACAACACAUCUCAACAUAGAAAACCCUUGAUAAAUAUUGUCAUAAUGGACAGGUAAUUGAAUCUGCAGCGCUUGACUUUUUUCUAAGAGCAGCUUCACUUCAGUGAUUUAUGUAAUAAUUAGACCCUGACAUUCACUUUAAUAUUAGUAGAAAUGACUAUGGAUGCUUCCCAAAUGGCACCCUAUUUCCUAUAUAGUGCACUACUUUUGACCAGGGCCCUGAUCUAAAGUAGUGUACUAUAUAGGGAAUAGGGUGCCAUUUGAAAGAAUUUGUGUAUUUGUGGUUGAAUUGGGGGAAAUGAAAGCUGUCGUUGCUGUAAUAAUUUUUAUGUUGCUAAGAGGUAAAGCUUGCAGAAUUAAAAGCCAGCCAUCUUGUUAAUCUGCAUCAAGACCUGUUGGUUAGAACCAUAUAGUGUAGAUUGAAUUUCUGUAAAAAAAAUAUAUAUAAACUCCCAUUUUUUUUAAAUAAUAGGCCAUGUAAAUAAUGACGUUUUUCCACUUUGAGAACGAUGGUUGUUUUUUGUAAAGAUAUUUCUCAUGUUUUUAUAUGGGGUCAAUAACCGUUACGUUUAGGAUGUUGACGUAAGAGAGAGGAAGAUGCCUUGAAAUAAAAUCUAAUAAUGAA